AUGUUGAGAGAGGAUUUCAUAGAAAAAAUCUCAAUUUCCAAUUGGGAUAAAGGCAGUGUUUUAGGAAGAGGUUCUUUUGGACAUGUUUACUUAGGAGUCCCUAACAAACCUUAUCUUGCCAAUGUUGCAAUCAAAUCAGCUCCUUAUCAAACCGCUUGUUCUCUUAUUAGAGAAAAAGUAGUUUUGCAAAAAUUCAUCGGAUGUCCCGAAAUUGUUCAGUACAUUGGAGAAGCGUUAACGGUCAAUACUGAUGACAACAUUGUUUACGAUUUGAUAUUGGAGUACGCUGCUAGUGGAAGUUUAGCUCACCUGAUCAAGACACGUGGAAGGUUAUUAGAACGUGAAGUGAAAGUGUAUUUACGAAUGAUAUUACAAGGACUUUCUUGCAUUCAUGCUAGAGGUUAUGUGCAUUGUGAUCUCAAACCUGAGAAUAUUCUUGUAUUUCCUAUUGGUGACAGGAAAAAAAUGAAGCUAAAAAUAGCGGAUUUUAGGCUUUCAGAAAGGUAUUUUGGUAAGAAAUUAGAAGAGAGUGGCAAGUUAAAGUUUAGAGGGACGCCGAAAUAUAUGUCUCCAGAGUCUCUAAUUGGAAAGAUUAAACCUUCGCUUGAUAUUUGGUCUCUUGGAUGUGUUUUGGUUAAUAUGAUUAGUGGAAAAUGUGUUUGGAAUGAUUGUACGACUAGAGAAGAAGUGCUUUUAAAACUUAUGUUUGAAAUGAAGACACCAAAUAUACCAGAAGAAUUGUCUUUUCAAGGAAAGGACUUUCUUCAAAAGUGCUUUGAAAGAAAUCCCAAAGAAAGAUGGUCAGCCGACAUGUUACUCAAUCAUCCUUAUUUGGUAGAAGAAGAAGAUAGUAUUGAAAUGCUUCCAAUUUUUAUUGGUCUUUUAACCAUAAUGAUCAUAGUCGCCAUUCUUUUUUAA